AUGUUUCUCCGGAGAGCUGUGAUUGCUUUUGGUGGCUCUGCUUUUGCAGUUUUUGCCUCUGUGGCUGUGGGAAAGAGUGGUGAUGAUUCUGGUUUUCUAUGUCCACCUAUAAUCCCUGGGCGCUGGGAUUGGAACUGGGAUUGCCGUGAACCAAUGUCUCUAAUAAACUUGAAACAUCUGGAAGGAUGUACAGAGAAGGAGUGGCGUGAACAGGCCAGCCUAACAGGACAGUGUCUGGCACUUCUUGCAAGUGAAGGGAAUAACUUUAGCUGCAUUAUUUAUUCGUCAUUGACCAGAUCCACAGAAACUGCUGAUAUAAUCAGUAAGAAUUUACCAGGUGAGCCAUGUAUAUUAAAAUGUGCAGCUCCAGUCUGCUUCACGAAGGACCUCCAAUCCGACCAGUUCCUGUGGAUACCAGAUCUUUCAUAUUUUAAAGAUGGCCCACGCAUUGAGGCUGCAUUCAGGAAGUACAUCCUCCGUGCAGAUCCAGAACAAACAAAAGACAGUUAUGAAAUAAUAGUCUGCCAUGAUAAUGUGAUCCGCUACUUUGUAUGCAGGGCACUACAACUCCCACCGGAAGCUUGGCUCCGACUGCCUCUCUAUCAUGGUAGUAUUACAAAGCUGGUGAUAAAACCUGAUGAUGAUGUGUCACUGAAGAUGCUUGGUGAUGCUGGCUUUAUGCCCCCGGGGAAACUCACGGGAGCUUAGCUCUGAGCUGGAUGUCCUCCUAGAGACACACAAGUUACCAUGACUCCCUUACCUUUCUGUUUAAUAGACACUCUCCAGUUGAAGCAGUCUUUCAAUGCAUAUAUUGCACACAGCAUGGGUGGACCAAAUGAUAGUAUAAUUUUUUCUCAUCCCUGCACUAAGAUGAAGGUUCUAGUUUCUGAAUAUGCAGCACCAUGUUCUGAGUUACAAUGCCUUGUGUUCACCAAAUAGCUUUACAACUCAAGCUUGGC